UCCGAUGUGGCGUUGCCCAUGCGGAACCCCAUUCGGCGUCUGGCUAACCCGGCAAGCCCUAUCAACAGCUCGAGGCCCGGAACCCUCACCUCCGCCUCCUCUCCCAGCGAUGGCUUCCGCCGCCAUGGUCGCCUCUUCCAGAGCCUUGUUCCGUCCGCAUCGCCUCCUCCUCCUCCCUGACCCUCGCCGCCGCCGCCACCUCUCCGCCAGUGCUGUGGCCUCAGCAAACGCUGCAGCCAGGACCGUACGGCGCGGAGUAGUCGACGUUCUCCGGGAGCGCGGGCUCGUGGAGGCUACCACCUCCGAGGCGCUCGGUUCGUCCUCGGCAGUUUCUGGGGAGCAGCAGCAGCUCAAGGUUUACUGCGGCUUCGACCCCACGGCCGAGAGCCUGCAUCUCGGCAACCUCCUCGGCCUUGUCGCGCUCUCCUGGUUCCGUCGUUGCGGCCACACAGCCGUCGCGCUCGUCGGCGGAGCGACCGGCCGCGUCGGAGAUCCCUCCGGAAAAAGCGCCGAGCGCCCUGAGCUAGACCUCGCCGCCGUGGUCGCCAACUCUGACGCAAUCAAGUCGCUCAUCGCUCAGAUCCUCAGCCGCGCUCCCGAACCAUCUCAUCACGGCCAAUCUGGUAAAAGCGCAAUUUUGGACAAACAUGAAGAUGCUCUGGCCAAUUCUGACCAGGAUUUAUCAGAGAAAUCGGGUAAUGCGGGGGAAAGUAUGGGUUCCUUUGUUAUCUUGGAUAACUAUGACUGGUGGAAGGACAUCACAUUGCUUGAUUUCCUCAAGGAGGUGGGCAAGUUCGCGCGUGUCGGGACGAUGAUUGCCAAGGAGAGUGUGAAGAAGCGGCUUAAUUCAGAGGAUGGCAUGAGCUACACUGAGUUCACCUAUCAGCUUCUCCAGGGCUAUGACUUCUUGUACGUGUUCAAGAACAUGGGUGUCAAUGUGCAGAUUGGGGGUAGUGAUCAGUGGGGAAACAUCACCGCGGGUACCGACUUGAUUCGGAAAAUUCUCCAGGUUGAGGGAGCGCACGGUCUGACAUUCCCACUCUUGCUGAAGAGCGAUGGAACCAAAUUUGGGAAGACGGAAGAUGGGGCGAUUUGGCUCUCAUCAAAGAUGCUCUCCCCUUACAAGUUCUACCAGUACUUUUUCUCAGUCCCGGAUGUUGAUGUUGUAAGGUUUAUGAAAAUCCUUACAUUUUUGAGCUUGGAUGAGAUUCAUGAGUUGGAAGAAUCGAUGAAGAAGCCCGGCUAUGUGCCAAACACGGUUCAAAGGAGGCUUGCAGAAGAGGUGACACGCUUCGUCCAUGGCCAGGAGGGACUGGAGGAGGCCUUGAAGGCAACUGAGGCCUUGCGGCCUGGGGCACAGACACAGUUGGACUCACAAACAAUUGAGGGAAUAGCAGAUGAUGUACCGUCGUGUUCUUUACGAUACGACCAAGUAUUGAAGUCUCCCCUGGUUGAUCUGGCUGCCUCUACAGGUUUGCUCGCAAGCAAAUCAGCGGCUAGGCGGCUUAUAAAGCAGGGUGGUCUAUACUUGAAUAACAUGAAGAUCGAUAGCGAGGAUAAGUUGGUCGAGGAAGGUGAUAUAGUUGACGGGAAGGUGCUGCUGCUAUCUGCCGGAAAGAAGAACAAGAUGGUUGUGCGGAUAUCUUAAUUGUUCUGAUAUGUUUGUGUCUAAUUUUUUGCCGGCGAGGAUUAAAAAGUAACAGCAUGAGCCCUGUAUUCAGAUUAGCUGUCGGUGAACAUACACAUUGCUUUGCUGGAAAUGGUACACCAAUAAUUUGAUCAUAAUAUUUUGCUU